AUGGCGAAUCCACUCGACACCGACGCCGGCUCUGAGCUCUUCAGCAACUACGAAGCAGAGCUCAAGCUCGUGCAAGCCGAUGUCUCCCAAAAGCUAGACCAAAUUCCCGAGUUGCAAGGCGAGCCGCGCAAAGCCGCCAUGGCCCACGCCGAGAGGGCUCUGGAGGAAGCCAGAGAACUGCUUGACUCCAUGCGACUAGAGAAACAGAACAUCCCACAGGCAUCGAAAGUGAAGGUCAACCAGCGAUUUCGAAACUACGAGACCGAUGUUGACGGGCAGAAGCGUAAGCUGAAGAGUCUACAAGAUGACAGGCAGGCGUUGUUUGGGAAGCGGUAUACGGACAACCCCACGCAGGAUGACCAGCUUGAGCAGCGACAACAGCUGCUCAGCGGCACUGAUAGAUUGGAGAGGUCGAGUGGAAGAUUGCGCGAGAGCCAAAGGAUAGCGUUGGAGACGGAAGACAUCGGCCGGAACACGCUGGCGGAUCUGAGCCGGCAGCGGGAAACGAUCGAGCAUACACGCGGUACGCUCUUGGAGAGCGAGGGAUACACGGAUAGGAGUAAUAAGACGCUGAAGGACAUGGCGAGAAGGUAUCUACCAAGUCUGUGGUGAAAUGGUACACAUAGAACAGGUCCGGCUAACGUUUGUUCUAGGAUGGCUACCAAUAAGAUAAUCACAGUGGCCAUCAUUACCGUUCUGGUCAUCCUCAUCAUUGCAGUUGUUGUCAGCAAAUUCAGAUGA